GGUCCUGACGCGGAGCCCGUGCAGGGCCGUACUGGAGACCCCGCGCCGCCUGCACCUCUAUCGUCUCGGUUGAGAUGGAUGAUGAAGAUGGCAGGUGCUUGCUAGAUGUAAUUUGUGACCCACAAGCACUCAACGAUUUUCUUCAUGGAUCAGAAACACAAUUGGACACUGAUGACCUUUUGGAUGGCUCAAGUGACCCGUCCAGCUCGUUCUUCUCCAGCACUGGGGGCCAUGUUCCUGAGGUCCAACCCCAGGCUCAGCUGUCGACAAAUGAGCCAGGCCUCCCCAGAGUCAGCGUCGAUUUGGACUUUCUGGAGGACGAUGACAUCUUGGGGGGAUCGCCGGGAGGAGACAACGGAAGCAAUGGUGUCGGGACGAACCACGAGCCCUGUGACAUUUUGCAGCAGAGUCUGGCCGAGGCAAACAUCACAGAGCAGAGCCUUCAAGAGGCAGAAGCUGAGCUCGAUCUCAGUUCCUUUGGCUUAACUGGUCUCACGCAGGUAGUCCAACCCCUCCCCGAUGCCGGCCUGUCUGGGGUGGGCAUUGGAGGUGCCACUCAGAUUUUCACCAGCCAAGGCACCCCAAAUGCACCCUCUAAUGCCACCCCAGACAUGCUCGGCUCAGUCCUGGCACAUCCAGGCCUGCAGCUUCAACCCAAGGUGAUGAACAAGGCCAUCAGUGUCCAACCGUUUGUACAGCAAGUUGGGCUUGGAAAUGUAACCCUUCAGCCUAUUUCAAGCCUUCAGGCCUUACCGAACGGCAGUCAGUCUGGACAGUUGGGCAUCGGACAGAUUCAAGUCGUCGGCCAACCCACUGUAAUGACAAUAAACCCAUCUGGGCAGCAGAUCUUGACGAAAACCAUGGGUGGCUACCAAUUGCAUCAACCUGGGCCUGAGGCAGCAAACGCUGGAACGCAGGCUGGGCUUGGAAGCUCUGUUUUGGGCUCGGGAGGUGGACUGUUAAUCCAAGGGGGCAAGGCCACAUUAGGUUCCCCUGCCUUAAAUGGGCCAGCUGUGUGUUUAAGUAACACAAACACAAACAGCAGCGUAACCACGAUGGCCACCGCCAGUGGUAUUGUAGGUUUCGGUAACGCGUCUUUGAGCGCAGGAAUCGGGUCUCAGACCCAGCCGCAAGGCCAAAUCAUGCAGAAUGUCAUCAUCCAGCGAACGCCAACACCAAUACAGCCCAAACCUCCGCAAGGGGGUGCCAUCCAACCCAAAAUCUUCAAGCAACAGCAGCAACUUCCGGCCCCCCACGCCUUGCCAAACGAUGCUAAUAAAGCCAUCGGGGUGCAGCAAAUCCCAGUUUCCGCCGGUCAGAAUGUAACUUUCCUCACUGGGAAGCCUGCCUCAAAUGUAGUCUUGAGCACGCAGGCUGGGUCGCAGGGAACGCAGUUUUCUCAAGCGCUCUUUAAGCAACAGGGCGCCCAACAAUCAGGAAAACCACUCAGUGUUCACUUGCUAAACCAACAGGGCAGCAUCGUUAUUCCCUCCCAAACCGUCCUGCAGGGCCAAAACCAGUUUCUCUUACCGGGCCUUCAGGCUGGAGGUCAAAUCCUGGCCCAGCAUCCCAGUGGUCACAUCAUUACCAGUCAGGGACCUGGAGGGCAGAUAAUUGCUAAUCAGAUCUUGACAGCCAAUCAGAACAUCAACUUGGGUCAGAUGUUGGCCUCACAGGGUCACCCCGGCACUGCUCAUAUCCUCUCCGGACACAUUCAGCUGCAACCCGGUCAGAUGGGUCACCCCACAUUGUUCCAAAUGCCGGUGUCAUUAGCCCAAACGCAGACGCAAGCCCAUCCUGUAACGGGCCACGUGCAAACAGUCAUCCAAGGCAUGCCUAUACAGAAUUCCCUUUCCGUCGAGAGUCUCAGUCCUGCGGUCAGCUUACAGACGCUGCAGCAGUCUGGUGGCAUUCCGAGUAAUAGUAGCAGUGGAACGACAGCCAUGGCACCGUGCCAGCCUGGGGAGGGUAUCACGGUGCUGGGCGGCAGCACAGACCCGGCUGUCCAGGCUGCGCAGGCUCAACACCAGACUUCAAUCCUCACUGUUCAGUCAACUCCAGCGGUUUCCAUAGCCGCUUCAGUUCCUUCCUCCUCAUCUCCAUCGCCAACGAUGGCCACAUCCACACCGUCAAUGAUGGGGUUGGGUCCUCAUGCCCAACACAGCCCCGGAAAGGUGUUGUUCACGUCGUCCGGUUCCAGCAUGAUCCUGAGCCAGGAGUCUCUACAGAUGUUCCUGCAGCAGGAGCAACAGCACCAAGCAGGAAAAGAGCCACCUGCCGCUGUAGGUGUACCCGCAUCUGUUAUCGUCAGCGGCAGCAGUUCUGGUUCCGCCCCUUCAGGCCAUGACAACUUGUUAGCUGAAACUCGGCAGAGGCAGAGUCCAAGCCCCUCCCUUGACCCCGCCCACAUGGCAACAGUGGUUAACAAGGUUCCAUCAGCAGGACAUCCACAGACUAUAAAGAUCCAAAGCGCCUCCCCGUCUCGAACAGUGGUCACCCAUUCACCGACACCCACCCGGUCCGACAGCCCUCAACCCACCCAGGUGUCUCCCCUGACAAUCGGGCAUCAGAUCCAGUCUCCUCACCAGCAGUCUCGUCCUCCCUCACAGCCUCAGCCCCAGACUCAAGCUCAUACUCCCUCACGCUCUUGCACCCCUUCUUCUCUGCCUCCUCUUUUCAUCAUACAAAAUCAGAUUGGAGGUUCUCCGCAAGCGCACCAGCCGGCACCUCCACCGCAGCAGCAACCUCAGCAGAUUCAAGUGCAGCUUCAACCGCAAGUUCUUCCUCAGACCCUGCCUCAGCCAGCCACCCUGCAGCCGGACGUACCACCUCCCUCCUGCUCCCCGAAGCCUCCGCAGCCACUUCCCGCGCAGUUCCAAUUCCACCCGGCAAGCAGCUUGUCCUCGGGCACACCGGUGAAACAGCAGGUGACUGUGGUGCCCGGGCUGACCGCAGAUCAGCAGCAUCAUUUACAGCUGGUCAGCGCGCAGCUGCAGACCAUGUCAUCAAUCGCACAACCUUCUCCACAACAGAAGCAGCUUUUGGAAAAGCUUCACCAGCUCCAGCAAAACAUUCUCCUCCAGGCUAAGCAGCAGGUUCAGGCUCAAGCCCAAGCGUCUCAACAACAGGCCACAAACCAGUUCAAUAAACUGCCUGAUCAGGCCUCAAUCCAGACCGCAACAUCCACGGCCAGCGGCACCAUCCAACCUUCUGUCACAUCACUUCUGCAGCAGAAAUCUGUGCUUGUCAAGUCCUCUACUACAGGUGCAAAUGACACACAAGUAUUUUCUGCGGUGUCAGCCGGAUCUUCGGCGAACCAAGGAAUCACUUCUCCAAACCUCACACAGGCCGUUCAGGCCAAGUCAGGAGUCAUAAGUUCAGUUGGUGGACUGGCUCUGGGUAAAACAGGUUUGCAGAUUCAGGUUUUGGGCACCGGAUUGUCUCAGAUGCCUGCACCUCCACCACCUGCUCCUGUACAAACACAGACAUCAACGUUAAAAAGGCCCUUUGGUAUGGAACCAAGCAAAGAAGCCAGGAUGCUGGAACAGCUGCGAAAACAACAGGGCUCGGUGCUGCAUCCUGACUACAGCUCGCCUUUCGGCUCGUUUGAGGACACACUUCAUCGACUCCUGCCGUACCACCUGUACCAAGGCAUGGCUUCAUCAUCAGAAGAUUACCGCAAAGUGGAUGAUGAAUUUGAAAGCGUCUCGAACCAACUCUUAAAGCGCACACAAGCGAUGCUGGAUAAAUAUCGUCACUUGCUCUUCGAGGAAUCAAAGCAGAGGCUGGGUCCCUCUGCAGAGAUGGUUAUGAUUGACCGCAUGUUCAUUCAAGAGGAGAAGGUCGCUCUGAGUCAGGACAGGGUUCUGGCCAAGGAGAAACCAGAAGAAUUCGUGGCUAGUACCUGUUUGCUGGACAGCACUGCAGUCAGACCUAUAAAGGUAGAGCUGAGCUCUGUAAGAACUGCAACACCGGCAGUUGGAACUCCACCUGUUGCAGCUACUCCAGCUGCAGCUAUUGCCCCUGCCCCAACUCCUGCUGCUGCCUACGCCCCUACUCCUGCAUCUGCCACUACUCCUGCUUCCGCCCCUGCACCCUUCCCUCCCACUAAACUGGUGAUAAAGCAAGGUGGAGGGAGCGCGUCUGUAUCCUGGUCCACCAGUUCCACCCCUACGCCCGCUCCUGCGGUCCGGCCCUCUGCGGAGCCAGUCACACCGAGCACCUCCUUCAGCCGCACUCCGUCCUCCUCCCGACCUGCAGCUGCCGACGAUGACGACGAUGUCACGCUUCCCCAACGAACCAGCAAGCCGCCCAUAAAGACCUACGAGGCACGCCGGAGAAUAGGUUUGAAGCUCAAGAUCAAACAGGAGGCGGGAUUCAGUAAGGUGGUUCACAACACCGCUCUAGAUCCGGUCCACUCCCAAUCCAAGCUCAUGGCACAACCACCGAUCCCUGAGCCGCCUCAAAAAGUCAAGCCACCUUUAACCACACCCACCACUGUCAUAAGAACUCCACCCCCAGCUUCCUACCCCACCCCCUCAUCCACUCUCACUACAGUAACCGCACAUAAAGGCUCCGCCUCCAGUAGCGCAACUUCCUCUAGCAGAGCCCUGCCCUCCUCCUCUUCUUUCUCCUGGUCUACAUCGUCCCCUUCUACGUCCACGGCCCAAAUGAACGGCACUCUAGAACACCAUGAGGUGGGCGGAGUCAAACGCAAUCCAGCAUCCACGGCCACUCCUCCGCUGACCACGUGCCGGCUCCCGCUCAGAAAGACGUACCGUGAGAACAUCAGUCCUCGUCACAGGCCCGGCGUGCCAGGAGGCGGAGAUACGUUGCCUUUUAUGCCAGCAGGACCUCCUCUUACCUCCUCCCCUCAACCGCAAAGCUCCUCUCCUCAACCCGAACGAACUGUGAUAGCCAGCGUGAAACUAGAGAGGCAGGGCGGACACGGGCACACACACGCCGAAUCACAAGGCCUUGCAGCGGUAGAGGACGUUCUUUACCGCGGUAUCAAAAACGCGUACCAGGACCACCCGGAUUCCUCGGACAAAGAGGACGAGGCGGUGGACGGCGGUGGCGUGGGUCGAUUAAAAGGCAUAGGGGGAAAAAACAGGGAUGGAGGAAGGGGUGCUUUCAGGAGGGAUCAGCACGCUCCCGGACCGCCUUCUUUAGGAGAGUCUUCCUGCACAAGAGACUCCUCACUUCCUGCCAAACGCUGUAAAUCGGACUCUCCUGACAUGGACAACGCGAGUUUUUCCAGCGGCAGCCCACCGCCUGACGACUCGCUCAACGAGCACCUGCAGUGUGCCAUAGACAGUAUACUGAACCUCCAACAGGGCCCUCCCGGCCACGGAGGAUCCGGGCGAGGGACGUUAGGGAGGGUUCACGGGGCCAACCUGCCUAACCAGCACCAAACCCACCCCUCCUACAGACCCCCCGUAUCGUCUCAGCCCUCUUCGGCCCCCAUGUCCCAGCAUCCACAGGGAAGAGGACAGAAUGGGAAUUUGGUUUCACAGACACACAGUAGAUAACAGGCCCUGUAGUGGAAAUUGACUGAAAGACUGAAAAAGCAGAAGGUCAAUGGAUAGGGGAAGUAAACAGAGACACUUUUCCCAUGUUAAGCUGUGUUUGCUUUCUUUGUCUGUGGUUUGUGCUGAUGAAAUGUGUUCUUUUGGUUUACAUAUGGCCCUUUAAGUGUAAAGGAUAAAGUGCACUUGGGUUCGAAAUUUUGUCCCUCUUUGUUUUUUCUGGAUGUGAUACCGGGACCGCUCCUACGUCAGUUUCAAAACAUUUUUGUGAGAGUCACAAAUAUAUGACCAGUCAUUUAAUAAAUAAUGUGCUAUUGUAGUUACUGUGAUAUUAUGAACAGAAUGCAGAAACUCAUGAAAUUUGGCAUAUAAAGCAGUACUUUUGGAAAACUCUUUUUUUUGGAGAGACCAAUUGAUCAGUUGUCUAUAGAAUGAUCUCCAUCAUAACGUAUUUGUUUUUUUUUUUUGAGAACACCGCAGGAUCAAUAGCGCAUAAUAAUUUGGUGUUCUCCCCAAUAUGAAUUCUGGUCUCGGUCAACACUUUUGUUAUCUUAAUACAGGAAUGAACACCAGAACUGUAGAGAAUCUGUUGAGCUGAAUGCAUUCCAGUAUCAAGAGCACAUUUACAAAUCAAACACGAUCACAGCACAGAGUUGUUGGGACUAAUCAUGUUGCAAUAUUACCUGUAAACCGGGUUUAAAGUCACAGACAAGAAAAUUUCGUUCCCUCCGAUUGUUUUGUAGACGUGUGUUUAGAUGCUCACACAAACACACACUGAAGACAUAAUCACGGAAGGAUUUCACUUCGGACCGUUCAGAAGCAAACACAGCAAAAGCAAUGACAUGGAACAAAAGAACAAUAAUAAUGUAAAGAGAAGAAAAUAGAACUGUAAGAAUUUGAAGUAUAGUACUACAGAUUAAUUUUGUAUUGUAUUUAUUGUGUAUAAUGACACUUUUUAAAAACUGUACAUUUAGUAAAACUGUAAAUUAAACCUUGCUUCUUUUAUGAAACGCUUG